UUGAGAAAAAAAAAGUGUAAUUAUUUUUGAUUGAUUAUAAAGCUUUAUUAUCGAUUAUCAAGACCAGUGAACCUGAGCAUUAAAUAUUAAAAAACUAUUUUAUUGUUUAUUAUUUAUUUAUAACGCGACACUCUGCGCGGUGUAAUGUGUCGCAGUACACUACGCUACGCCACUCUAUCCAAGUGAGUCGAAGGGGCGAGGCGGCAGUCUGUAUCGUACGCUACGCACGGGAAAUUUAGUUGUGGGAUCGUAGUAGUUGCUAGCAUUGGCUGAUGGCAGGCGUCUUGUCGCCUUGCCGCUUCCCUCCCCCCACCAACUCCAUCACCGCCACGCGCCAUUGUCAUUCGGUUGUCUGGUCUCAACUCCACGUACUGCAGUCUGUCUAACUGUUUAGGUUUAACGUUUUUGUAAUUUGUUUUGAGCGGAGUAACAUUUUGAAAUUGUAACUUGUGAGUCAGACCUUUACUUCCGAUGUCAUUGAUGCUAUAACAAGCAGCUGUACAAAUGGAUGGACGCAAACGGCUCAGUGGGUGGCAAUACAAAAAAGUAGCCGAAGAGAAGAAAAAAAAAUUGACAGAAGUUGUAAAUAAAACUGCGAAGCUUGAUACAUUUUUUACAAGAAGUAACCUACCAGUGCCACCAGAACCAGUGCUUUUAGAAAGUGUCAAAGAAUUUUGUGAAGUAGAACUAGAAGUAUGUUCCAUAUUAACGCCUUCAGCUUCAACAGCUUCAGCAUCAGUGCCUUCAGCUUUAACAUCAACCCCUCCAGCUUCAGCAUCAGCCCCUUCAGCUUCAACAUCAACCCCUUUAGCUUCAGCAUCAGCCCCUCCGGUUUCAACAUCAACCCCUUCAGCUUCAGCAUCAACCCCUUCAGCUUCACCCUCAACCCCUUCAGCAUCAGCACCUUCAGCUUCGUCAUGUGUUGAUACUGACAAGAUCAAACCAGCUAUAUCCGAAUUAACUUUUGUUGUUGACGAGAUUGAAGAUCAAUUAACAGUCUCUGAACCUGACUCUUCUGUCCAUUUGAAACCAAAUUAUGAUCCUGCUUUAUGGAUAGUGAAUGAAGAGACGCGGGAAUAUUUUGUUAAAAAUGGAUGGAAUCAAAAUAAAGAUUGCGAUUUUAAAAAAUCUGAAAGGCAAUAUCCAGACAGGAAAAGAGUGUUGGCUAAAUGGCUAUUCGACAGAAAACUUGCAAAUGGCGAAAUUCCCCUUCCUAACUGUCCUGUUUUUGCCCAUAAAUCGACAGCAAUGACCGAUUAUGGCUCAAAGCCUGCGGGCACAUUCACAGGUGAGCCGUCGCCGAGUAACGAAGCCGAAUUUUCACUUCACUCCAAAUCAAUCAUUCUCAGCCAAAAUAGUCAUAAAACUAUAAAAGAAUUGUUGAGUUUGGGAAUUACGAGCUGCAUGAUGUUUCACAAAAUAAUAUCAACAACGAUUUUAUUUACUAUUAUUGUAAUCUUAAGUAAUGGAAUAUCACGGUUGUAG